AUGGCAUUUGAAAGCCAGAUAUCUCCCCCCUCUUUCCAAUACAAGGUGUUGGCACCUCCGCGGCCGAAGGACGCGGCGGCACCAGCCCAGCCUCCCCAGGCCCAUCCUCCCAAAUCGGGCCGGAAUGGAUUUUUCUAUUUUUCUUCGGCUAGCGCCUCUCAGGAUGCUUCGUCUAUUCCGGAGAGGAGCCCUGUUCGUCGCUGCGACCCUGCCUUGCCCGCGAAAGGGUCUUCCGCCGCGCCAUUUUCAGCUUCCGCAACCUGUCGUGAGCGCCUCGUCGAUGUGCGGCUUCAGCCCGCGGCCGGCGGAAGAUCAGAGAAUCCACGCCCAGUCGCCUCCCCCCCUCUCCCUCAGCGGAUGCCGCGACUGAGCCAGGGCUUUGAUCGACAGGAUCGUGGUGUAGCGCUGGAAAUGGCAGCGCGGGUCAUUUUAGGUGAGGAACCAGUCCGUCCGCUGAUUCCGCGGACCGGCUUCGACUUCGCUUCUUCAACAGUCCGCUUCGCGAGACGCAGCGAGGCCGCAGACGCAGACGCGCAGCGAGAAGAGAGAGGCGGACGUCGGAGGAAGCAGAUGCAGUUUGAAGGAUGCGAGGAGGAAUUUCUUUCCCUGGAUCACGUGAAGGCGGCGACGCAGGCGGCGGCGCCUUCCUCGAGUCGCUUACCAGACGCUUUCGCGGAGGCCAAAGCCGCGCGGAGGCCUCUUGGCCAGUCCGAAGGAAACCAUGCGUCAAGGCGAGCCCCCUGCAAAAAGGAACCCGUCUUGCCCAGAGGCAAGGUCCACGUUCCUCCGGUCGCCGCAGAUGAAGUUGCUCUGUUCACGAAGUUGCAGGAAACGGAAGUCGUCACAAAAGACGACUCGAAAUCGAUGGCGACGCGCAUGCGCUGUCGAAACGUUCUGCUUUGCUACGCACUCCUCGACCCCUACAACCAGGGCUACAUUGAUGUUCAAGAAGCCUGUGACAUCAUCGGGAACAUCCAUAAACAAGAUAAAGAAGUCGCAGAGCUCCUCCUGGCGCAGCUCCAGGAGGUGCUUGCAUUCGUCUCCGCCAGAGGCGUCAUCGAGAAACAGGAUUUUUUGACGCAGGUCCUUCGGCGUGUCGAGUCUGACAUUGCAGGGCUGACGCCGUUCCACUGUCUGCGGAAUAGCUCAAACCCGAUCGCUGCCGCGUGGCAGCGGGGACGCCCCUUCACCACUGUGUUGAACCGCAGCUUCUACCAGGGCGACUACGUGCCCGCAGGCGUCAAGCAGCACGCGCACCAAGCCGAAGCGUUUGGGAUGCAGUUCAGUUUGCAGCGCCGCGGCGGUGGGCGGGUCGCGGUUCAGACGGCGGAGCCGGUCGUCUCCCAAGCGCGGCCGCGGGCCAGGGGAACGCUGGCGGACCACAUUCGGCGCGGAAAGCUGCGGCGGCUGAAGAAGGAGCAGCAGAUCAAGGAGGACCUCGUGCACAAGGAACUUUCCGAAUGCACAUUCCACCCGAAAACGACGCCCCUUCGGCCGGCCUCAGAGCCCUUUCCGUCAAGAGAAAAGGUUCGCAGAAUGGUUGAGGAGCAGGACAAUGCUGCGAGGCGGCGUGGCCUCUUCAUCGAGCACGACGUCGCGGACGCCUCGGAGCAUGUACUCGCUCUCCCCCCUGAGCUGAGCGAAGAAGACAAAAAAGCGAUACAGAAGCAACACGAGAAGGACCACGGGCUCGUCUCGAACGAAGGCGCCGGGAACUUUGUCACAUGGGUGAUGCAUAAAGGCGAUCCGGGUAUGAAUCCGCUGGAGUGGAGAGACACACUAAAGGAGAAACAGCUUCCGGAAGUGCCGCUCGACAACGACGACGACUUUGGCUGGUCCACAUGCGACAUCCGUCGCUUGCUUGAGGCGGACGUCAAGCCGGAGCCGAUCGCGCUGAAGGCGCCUCUGGGGCUGGAGCGCGGAAAGCCGGACUUGAGGCACAGCCAGCCGAGGCUCCGCGGCCCUGUGCCGUUUGGCGACAUUUUCAUUCAGGCGCCAUACGUUGCCGAGCGACAGUGCAGCAAGUUUGACAGGCUCGUCCCCGACGCGCCGGAGCCGCUCGACGACGGGAUGAGCCGCAUUGGGAUGUACGAAUCAGAGAAUCGUCUGCGCAUCGACGCGCUUCCGGCAUACUACCGCCAGCCUCUCCGCACCCUCGUCGAAUGCAAAGACUCGCAAGACGGUGGGCGGCUCCCGACCAAAAAAGAGAAAGCUGCGCGACUGCAGCAGUACUUACGGAUCCUCGAGGAAACGUGUUGA